AUGGAUGAGCAACAAUUCAAACAGGAUCACAACCGUCAUUACCGAUAUAUACAUCUAAAAUCAUGGCAGUUGGAUCAACCACGACGCACCGACUCAACGACAGCAGAGUAUCGGGUCUCUGGGCGAUUUCAACCCCGUCAUGGUGACCUCAGUGAUUGGGAACGAGCUGUCAAAGGCGCCCGCAACAUCGUCGAGGCAUUCUCUGCGCUCCCAACGCAGACCAGCGCAUUCGCGACUUUGCCAUCCUGGGCAAUCGCCGAACGGGGAGUCGUCUUCUUCCGUGCCCAGGGUAAUCUCACCAAUGACCUGCGAAAGGAACUCAUCCUGCGCAUGGGAGAUCUUACCGGCCGCCCAUCCGGCCACGGCCUGCACAUCCACCCCGUCACCGACGACGCCCGCGAAUUCGGCGAUGCAGACCCCCAGAUCAGCACCAAAACUCGGAGGGCCGCAAGACGGUCUACAAGGGAUUCGACCACACGAAGAUGGCGGCUCGAUAUCUCGUCCGAGAAGGCCCCGCGGACUUUUCAGUUGGCGCCUGGGCAACUGCCCACGGCUGCAGGCGACACGCUCUGGGCAUCCGGGUAUGAGAUCUACAAUCGGAUCAGUAGGUUCUACCGGGCGUUUCUGGAGACGUUGACUGCCACCGAUGCGGGUGUGGGGUUUCAAAAAGUUGGCGCAGUCGGGCAAGUUCCAGCUGUACGAGAAGGAGCGCGGGGCGCUGGUGAAUGUGGGAGGGGGAUUGUCGGCUGUCCAUCCCGUUGUCAGGACAAAUCCGAUCGCCGGGUGGAAGUCGAUUUUCCCAUAGAUCAAUGGAAAACGAGCAGAGAGAGCGCGAACAUGCUACAAUGGUUCCAUGACAUGAUCACCUACGGACAUGAUCUCCAGGUUCGCUUCAAAUGGAACCAGCCGAAUGAUAUUGCAAUCUGGGACAAUCGCAGGGCCUUCCACACUGCCACAGGCGAUCAUGAAGGAUUCGGUCCGAGGAGCGGUAACCGUGCCGUAGGCGUGGGUAAGAUUCCAUACUUCGGUCCCGCAAGCAAGUCGCGCAGAGAGGACCUAGGUAUUGAAGAUAAUCUUGCCCCUUGUCAUUGGUAG